UCCUUGCCGACGGGUGGUCCCUGUGCAGCGUCCCUUCCCUUCUCUUCCCAUCUGUGCGGCCUGCGGGUCUCGACGGGUCGGCGCAACCUUGGAGAGGCCUGGCUGCGUGCGGGCCCCGUGCGCUCGGAGGGCGCUGCGGAGCGGAGAGAGUAGGCGCGGAAGAGCCGGGGAAGGGGAGCGUUGGAGGGGCGUGAGGUUGCAGCGGAGCAAUGCGAGAGUCACAGCAUGGCAGAGAACCGGGGAGCGGCGGAGGCGGGACUGGACCCCGUGGAACACACCCUUCGGAAGCGGCUUCCCCACCGCCUGCCCCGGAGGCCCAAUGACAUCUACGUCAACAUGAAGACGGAUUUCAAGGCCCAGCUGGCCCGCUGCCAGAAGCUGCUGGACGGAGGGUCGCGGGGUCAAAACGCCUGCUCCGAGAUCUACAUUCACGGCCUGGGCCUCGCCAUCAACCGCGCCAUAAACAUCGCGCUCCAGCUGCAGGCAGGUAGCUUCGGGGCUUUGCAGGUGGCCGCCAAUACGUCCACCGUGGAGCUGGUGGAUGAGCUGGAACCAGAGACCGAUAGUCGCGAGCCACUCAUCCGCAUCCGCAACAACUCAGCCAUCCAUAUCCGGGUCUUUCGGGUCACACCCAAGUAGCAGAUGAAGUUGGAACCCCUUCGGCCUCCACCCCCUCCGCAGUUCGGCUGAGAGGUGGCUCUCUGUACUCAGGACUUCCCGGACCCACCGCGCAAUGACUGAAUUGGAAGGAAGGAAAUGGACUGAUACCAGGGGAGUAGCUCGAGUCUUUGUAGUUUUUAACCGUUGUUCAUGUAAUAAAAAGUACCACUUUGUGUUAGUGCCCUGA